GUAAAGAACUGAGGGAGGCUUAUUUCUUGCACUAUCUGGGGUAGAAAAUUUUCAAAUGGCUUCUUGUCUAAAUGGAAUUUCUAUCCAUCACCUGUGUCAGCAAAAUUGCUUCCCUCAGAUUUCUGAAAGAGGAUAGCCAUCUUGAUUCCUGCAGAUUCUUUCUCUGUGUCUGGUUGUCAUUGACAGCUUCCUCGUAUUGCCAUUCUUUGGAGGCAGAAGUUUCCAAAUUGAGGGAUUUCUUUUUGUCACAUGGCGAAGAUGAAUGGUGAUUCUGACAAGUUCAAAGGCUGUCUGUUUCAUUUCAAGGAAGUUUUAGAUUUACUUUAGGGCAAUUUAGGAUUGAACAAAUCAGCUGCACCUUCGAAGCCUGUUUCUAUUCAUGGCUGCAGAUACUGGUUUCUGUCUGUGGAAGAAUAUUGGGAAGAUACCCCUCUUGGUGUUCUUCAAGGACACAAGGAAUGUUUUCAAGAAGGAUGAACUGGGCUUGGAAAUAAUACAGAUUGCAGUUCCAGCCACACUUGCAUUGGCAGCAGAUCCUGUUGCAUCUCUGAUAGACACAGCAUUCAUAGGACGAAUAGGUCCUGUGGAGCUUGCUGCAGUAGGAGUUUCAAUUGCUAUAUUUAAUCAAGUAUCAAGGAUCACCAUGUUCCCUCUUGUCAGUGUUACUACUUCUUUUGUUGCUGAGGAAGAUGCUACCAGUAGUUCAUGUACUGAAGCAGAGGAAAUUGAGGAAAUUGAAAUGGGUUGUGCUUCUGACAGUGAAAUGGAAAAGCUGAUAACUCAAGUUGGCUUCAGUGACACAAGAAAGGCCAAAAUGGAGCAAAAGAGAAGACAUAUUCCAUCUGCAUCUUCAGCUCUAUUUAUCGGUAGCAUUCUUGGGAUAAUCCAAACUUUGUUCCUCAUUUUCACGGCAAAACCUCUGUUAGGCUACAUGGGUGUAAAUUCUGAAUCUCCAAUGCUAAAACCAGCAGAGAGAUACUUGACAUUAAGGUCAUUUGGUGCUCCAGCUAUUCUUCUCUCUUUGGCCAUGCAGGGGAUCUUUCGAGGAUUUAAGGAUACAAAAACUCCUUUAUAUGCUACCAUGGUGGGAGAUGCAGCAAAUGUUGUUUUGGAUCCAAUAUUCAUUUUCACACUCCAUCUGGGUGUCAAUGGUGCAGCCAUUGCUCACGUCAUUUCUCAGUACAUAAUUGCCUUCAUUCUCUUUUGGAGGUUAAGUGCUCAAGUGGAUUUAUUACCUCCAAGUUUUAAAGAUGUCCAAUAUCGGCGGUUCCUUGAAAAUGGAUUGCUGCUAUUGGUUAAGGUAAUAGCUGCAACAAUCUGUGUGACUGUUGCAGCAUCACUGGCUGCAAGGCAGGGAUCAACAUCAAUGGCUGCCUUUCAGGUUUGCUUGCAGAUUUGGCUUGCAACAUCUUUGCUUGCUGAUGGAUUGGCCAUUGCUGGACAAGCAAUCCUUGCAAGCUCAUUUGCAAAGAAGGAUUACGAGAAAGUCUUAGCCACGGCCUCACGGGUUUUACAGUCUGCCUUGGUUCUGGGGCUUGUUCUUUCAAUCAUCCUUUCAGCUGUAUUACCAUUUUCCUCCGGAUUAUUUACAAAGGACAUUAGCGUGUUGCAACUGAUUAGCCUUGGCAUUCCGUUUGUUGCAGCAACUCAACCACUUAAUGCUUUGGCCUUUGUUUUUGAUGGAGUCAAUUAUGGAGCAUCCGAUUUUGCAUACUCUGCCUUCUCUAUGGUUAUGGUGGCAAUUGUAAGCAUUAUUUGCUUGUUCAUACUAUCCUCCAGCCACAGUUAUAUCGGCAUCUGGAUUGCUUUAUGUAUCUACAUGACCUUGCGAAUAUUUGCCGGUCUUUUUAGGAUAGGUACCGGAACAGGGCCUUGGCGCUUUCUUAGAAGCUGAUUGUUGUGUACAUAUUCCCAGUGAUGCAAUUUUAAUUUUAUGGUCUUGCAAUGCUGUUCCAUACAAUUCUCCUGGAGGAAAACGGAAGAUCAAAUGUAUUGGAAUGGUUCCUUCCAUUCAGCAUUAGCAUUGUCUCCAAAAACAGAUAUAUGGUACAGGCAUCCCAAUUUCUUCUUUUUAUGUCAGUAAUCUGCUCUUGUAACAGAUGUUUCAGGAUUCUCAACCUUUGAACAUGAAAAAUACGGAAAUUCACCCUGUAAUAUUAGAUUCAUUUCAAUGGACAUGUUGUUCGUAAACAGGAUAAUUGACUACCUUGUUAUAGUGCCUUAUCAAUCUUGAAAAUGUGUUGUAUGAAUCUUCUCCCAAUUUUAAUGUUGUUUGAGGUCCACAAAUCAUCACUACAAUAUUUCUCGAAGCAUAGUUUGAUGUGUUAAAAGAUGUUGGAUCAUGUUGAAACUUCUAUAAAAGUGUUAUUUGAGU